AUGGAACUAACCAUCCAAUCCCUCUCCCUAUCUUCUACAAAAAUACCCAUCCCCGACUACACCAAAGGCCCGGACCCCCACCAAGCCCUCCAAAUCCACGACUACCUGCGUGUGUCCUUCCUCCGCCAACCCGCAGAAGUAAAAGCCGCCUCCCAAAAAGCAAUCCAGCUCUUCUCCGCACACUACCCAGAAACACUGUCGAAAAAAUACUUUGUCAAUGUGCCCUUGGUUAUGCAGUGGAUGUUUGGGGCUAUGCAGGUGUUUAUGGCAAAAGAGACUGUGCAGAAAAUGCAGUGGAUGAGUUAUGGUGAGGAGUUACAUAAGUAUGUUGGUAAGGGUGUGGCUAAAGAGUAUGGUGGUGAGGGACCUGGGUUGGAGGAAGCGGGCGUGACGCCGGGGUAUAAGCAGCAGGGGGCUGGAGAUGCGGUUGCUGAUGCUGCUGCUGUCAAGGAGAUGGCUAUCUGA